UUUUACAGCAUUAUUUUCAAAAAAAAUUUUAUAAAUUCAAAGUGAAUAUUUGUUAAAUAUUAUUAUUAAUACCUUUUGGUAGUGUAGCAUUUGCGGCUCAAAAAACUGCAUAUUCUUUGGGAGCUUCCUGCAUUAUCACACAGCACUCAAUACACCAUAUACUCACCCCAUAUCAUACCCCCCACUGCUCAAGUGCAGGACAAUGUCGGACCUUGGGACGAUCGAUAGCGAUGGUUUCGACAUGGAGCCAAAGUUCGAGGGAAGCAUGUCGAUGAGUGUGAGUCAGACAACGCUUAAAAAUGGUCCCAAGGAGGGUUCUGGAGAGUCCCAAGAGUUUGCCGAAGCUUCGACGGUCCUGCCACAGGAAUCCGCGCUGAAAGACGAACAGGCAGAGGAACCUGAGGAGCUAACAUCCUUUGGAGAUCCAGAGCGCGAGGCCUCGGGCAUGUCGCUCCUUGAGUGGGCCACAGAGGAUGCGCGCGAGUCUGAUGAGGAUGUGGCCAAUAUGAACAUGUCCUGCUCGUCCUUCUCCUCUUGCGUCUCGUACGAGGCCAUGCGACAGAUGAUCCUGCAGCGGGAGCCGCACACUUCCACCAUGAGUCUGGACAGUGGCUGUCAUCAAAUGUCGCUGAUCCAUUCCAGCCAUCAAAUGAUGCGUCAGCGUGACUGCCGCGAAUUGGGCGGCAAGGAUACGUCGCAGGAGCCCCUGCAGCGUAAGCAACCCUCGGUGCUGGUCGUCAUGGAGCCCAAGCCAAACUUCACGGACCACAGCAGCAUGGACAUUAGCCUCAAGGGGGACAUAAGCAUGGAGGAGGUGUACCACAAAUUUGUGGCAUGGUUCAAGCGACCCGAAAUCGAUGCAGCGUUCAAGGUGUUCAACGAGGUGGACCAAGAUGCCGAUGGGUACAUUGCACUCACCGAUCUGAAGCGCGGUCUGGAGAAGCUCUCAGUGCCGCAGACCCACUGGGAGGCGAAGCGUAUCAUGGGUCAGGUGGCGGGACAACACAGCGACCUGCUGCACUUCAGUCACUUCCUGCUGAUCUACGCAUCGCUGCUGAAUCGCCUGCAGCUGGACAAAUAUCCCACGAGGGAUGCGGAAACCGAUCGCUACAGCCAGAUGGGCGCCGUGGAUGUCUCCAAGGUGGGCGUCAAUGGCGCCCGACAUUACUUUGAGGCAAAAAUCACACUCGAGGGGGAGCGACUCAAGCCGCUGUCACUGAUGUGUACGCAGCCAGUGGCAAGGCCCUCCAGCAUCUCCUCCCCUGUGGCCAAGAGUCGCGACAGGUUCGAUGCCACAUCUUCGGUUUUCAAGAAGUUUGAGUGCGAAAACAUUGAAAAGAAAGAUUGAAUUUUAGUCUCGUUUUGGUCUACUUUUUUGGCAAAUUUGUUUCCCCAUUUAAAAUUGCAAAUGUUGAAAUACUAACACUGACCUUGAGCGGCCCACCACAAGCCGCCACAAAUCAUGGAACAAUAAAACAAGCAACAGAAUGGGAGCA